AUGUUGCAAGAGAUCGUUGCGAAAAGUGCCGUCGCGCGCCAAAAAGAGAGCGAUUCGAAAUACGGGAUUCGUAGCUGCCCCGCCCAACGCGUCGCGGUCGCUGGGCAGCUACGCACACGUUAUUUCGGCUCCUGGAGACUUGCCAACUGUUUUUUAUUUUGUUGAUCUACGGAAAAGGGAAAAUUCAAUAAAUUUUUGCUUAAUUUUAAAUGUUAAUUUGCAUUAUAGUUCAUUUAAGAAUACUUUGAAACAGUUCUUAACGUAUUGUGGAUGCGAGAAAAAAGAUGCUUCGACAUUUUUAUAGUGUUUUGUCUCAAUCUAUCGAUAAAUGGAGCACACUAUCUCUUGCACAUCGAAAAUUUGUUUGAGAAUAAAAUUUAAGGUUCAGGGCCGAUAAAUAUGGGGAAGAGUAAGAAAGAAAAGCUGUCGGGAGCCGAACUUGCGGUAACAUAUUUUAUGAAAAUUUUAAAAAUCUUUAAGCUCUAGGAAGCUCAGCACAAAGGCUCUUUCCAAGUCCCUUCCUCGGACGGUGGAGCCAAACUUGAUGCCUCACAGUGGCCACUGCUUCUGAAGGUAAAAACUUGUUUUUCUAUUGUUCUAUUUUAUUAUCAGUUUAGAACUAUGAUAAACUGAACGUUCUGACAAGCCACUACACUCCACACGUUGAAGGAUGUUCGCCUUUGAAACGAGAUAUUAAAACUUACAUCUCAUCGGGAUUUUUCAACCUUGAUAAACCUUCCAAUCCUUCGUCCCACGAAGUGGUGUCCUGGAUCAAGAGGAUCCUUCGAGCAGAGAAAACUGGUCACAGUGGAACCCUCGAUCCUAAGGUUGAAUUUCUUAAGUACCCAUUCAAAAAGUAAACAAGUCGAUAAUCAGGUCUCUGGAUGUUUGAUUGUCUGCAUCGACCGUACCACUCGUCUCGCUAAAUCUCAGCAAGGCGCAGGAAAGGAAUAUAUCUGCAUUUUCAAACUCCACGAAGCCGUUGAUGAUGAGAAGAAAGUGCGACAAGCACUCGAAAAGGUGUGAGUGUCCCCACUUUUCCUAAACUAUCGAGUAUGGUUCAGCUCACUGGAGCUCUUUUCCAACGACCUCCGCUUAUUUCGGCAGUGAAACGUCAGCUUCGCAUUCGUACAGUUUAUGAAAACAAAUUCAUCGAGUACGAUCCUCAACAACAAAUGGGAAUUUUCAAGUGGGCUGUUUUCUUGAAAAUUUUUGCAUUUAACAUUAAUAGCUGCGUCUGCGAAUCUGGAACUUAUGUUCGUACGAUUUGCGUCCAUCUCGGUUUGCUUCUUGGUUGUGGAGGACAAAUGCAAGAGCUCAGAAGAAACCGGUCAGUUUUUUUCUUGCUUACAUGUUUUUUAUGGAGAAAAUGGCAAUGAAGAAUUGAAAAUUUUUUUGAUUAUUUCUUAUUGAAGUUUGAAAAAAGUUUAAACACAAUUUUGGAGGAUUUAUUUUUUUGAGAUCGGGUAUUUGCGAUGAGCACGAAGGCCUUGUUACUAUGCACGAUAUUAUGGACGCUCAAUAUCUUCUCGACACGCAGAAAGUCUGUUUUCCUCUUUUAUUCCACGAAAAAGAAGCUGAAAAUAAUAUUCAGGAUGAAACCUACAUGCGCCACAUUGUCCGGCCUCUUGAAGCUUUGCUGGUUGAACAUAAACGAAUCGUUGUCAAAGAUAGCUCCGUUAGUUUCAUUAAUUCAUUUUAAAUUUUUUCCUGACUGUUGUUUUGCAGGUCAAUGCCAUUUGCUACGGCGCCAAGAUUCUGAUUCCUGGUGUUCUCCGUUAUGAAGAUGACAUCGAAGUCGGAAAAGAAAUCGUGGUCAUUACCACGAAAGGAGAAGCUAUUUGUAUUGGUGGGCUUUUUCUUUCGAUAUAAGUGAACUUUUCUUUAAAUAACUUUUCUCAGCAAACCCAAGAGUCUGAUAUGCCGUGUUCGAAGCUAAUUUGUUGCUCGCAGCAAAAAAUUUUUGGUUCAACGGCUAGAGAUCAAACGCAGCGAGUUCACAUAGAAUGAUUAGACGUCUCCGCCUUUUUGGCAAUUUUCAAUACUCAACUUUCAAAAAAAAUUUUGUGCCUUUGAACAAGGAAAACUGUUUAGCCACGCGCGUCAAAUCAGCAUUGAACGCGGCAUUAGAACUUUUUUUUUCUCAUCUUUGAACUUUCAUUUUUUCAUGUACGUUUUUUGUUUUCAGCUAUCGCUCAGAUGAGCACCUCCACCAUCGCCUCUGUCGAUCAUGGAGUAGUUGCCAAGUCGAAGCGAGUUAUCAUGGAGCGCGACGUUUACGCUAGAAAGUGGGGUCUCGGACCUCACGCUCUCAAAAAAAAGAAGAUGAUUUCGGUAUGUCUUUCAAUUUUUUUUUUUGUAUGCCUGUUAUGAAUCUCUUCGCUUCUUCUUUCUAGUUUAGAGUUUUUUUACAUUCCCAUACUCUGGAGAAGUCUCCAUUUACACGGACUCACAAAGUCUCUUAUUGCUCUCUGCGAAGUUCAGACGCUUUUUGUUUUCUGUAAAAAGCGUAUUGAAAUCCAUAGGAAAUUUGUGGCGUAGAUUUCGUUUCUGGCUUUAUGAGAAAUUAAGGGAUCUAGAACAACUUCUCAACAUAUUAUAGAAAACUUGAACAAUUUGAUAAAACAAUAUAACUUUUUUCGAAGUUCGUAUUUUAGAGACCAAUUUGUUUCCCAGUCUUAUUUUCUAAUUUUUAACAUUUCAGGACGGCCUUCUGGACAAAUUCGGCAAGCCCAACGACAAGACACCUUCUGCAUAUGCAACGGAGUACAAGCAAGUAAAAGUGAAGAGCGAGGUUUUUCCUAUUUUCCAGUUCUGUUUUCGAAUCCAUUCGUUUUAGGCAAAUGGCGAUGAGAAAGUUCCCGAGAAAAAGCCAAAAACCGAUAAAAAAGUGAAGAAAGAAGAAUCAAGCAGCAGCAGUGACAGCGAAUAG